UAGUAAACGCAGUUAUAAUUCUCUGGUGCUAAUACCUUUCUUUCCAAAAAUUUCUGCAGAAGUUUAGUAGAAGAAAAUUUUUAUGAAUAAAUAAUAAAUGUUGAGGCGAAGGUUGGGGAAUGAUGUCAUCAGUUUGGAUUGAAAAUGAAUUUGCUGCCGAAGUCUUCAAAAGAGUUCAGUUCGGCUGAAUAUUGGGAGACAUUCUUCAAGAAGCGGGGUGGAAGUGCGUUUGAGUGGUAUGGGACCUACAUGGAUCAUUGUGCAGUGCUGCACAAGUAUAUUAAGCCCAAAGAAAAGGUCCUCGUUGUUGGCUGUGGUAACUCUGAGCUCAGCGAGCAGAUGUAUGACGUUGGUUACCAGAACAUCACCAACAUCGACAUCAGUGAGGUUGUGAUCGGUCACAUGAAGGAGCGCAAUGCAGCUCUCCGGCCAGCAAUGGCCUUUACGAAGAUGGACAUGAUGCAGAUGGACUUCAGCGACUCCCAGUUUCAGGUUGUGCUGGACAAGGGGACCCUGGACGCUGUCAUGACCGACGAGAGCGACGGGACGCUGCGCAACGUGGAGAGGAUGUUUGCGGAGAUCGGGCGGGUCCUGCAGGUGGGUGGGCGGUUCCUGUGCAUCUCGCUGGCGCAGGAGCAUAUCGCGAGGAAAGUGGUGAGCCACUUCUCCCGGGAGGGCUGGCCCGUGCGAGUCCACGCCUUCGAGGAGCAGGGCGAGGCCAGUCGGCAGUUCCGGAUGACGGUGUUCACCUUUGUGUUCACCAAGUUCCGGAAGCUUCCUGGGGCCAGGCAGGAGAUCCUGGAGAUGUGCAUGGAGGAGCAGGAGAAGCCGCUUCGCCUGGAGAGCACGGAGCGGCUGCUGGAGCUGGUGAAGGCACGGCAGCAGUACACACUGCUCCGAAACCACCUGGCCAGGGGCUCCGGCAGCGGGGAGAAUGUGUCCGUCACCCUUUGCAACAGGGAGUCUGGGAAACCCCGCUACACCUUCUACGUUGUUGAUCAGCCCUCCGUGAGGCCUGCUCAGGCAAACAACUUCGCAAUUUUCAUAGUUCCACAGGGCAGAGAGACUGAAUGGAUCUUUGGAACUGAUGAAGGUCGGAGACAGCUUGGCAAAACUGCUGCGUUCAAGCGUCUGUUGGUGGUGGCAUUGCACCGUGACCAACUCUACCAGAGCAUGGAUGCCAUUCAGGAGGAGCUUUCGGGGAAGGUGAUGGAGUUCGCUCCUUCUGGACUUCCGCCAGGUCAACAGGUCCCAUUUCUUACAGUCGGUGGAGAUAUUGGGGUUCGCACCAUCCAGCAUCGUGGUGUGAGUGACAUUAGUGGCGAGUAUGUCAUUGAAGAUGUAAAGAGAGAGGAUGGCAACUUUUACCGGCACCUGAUAUUCCUCAGCAACGUUAAUGUGGUGCAGUCGGAGGGUAAAUUAUUGCACAAUGCUUCCAAGACAGUUUCAAAACAUAAAAAGAAAAAAAAAGACAAGAGGAAAGGGCAGUCGUGCUUGGAAGAUGAGAGCAAUUCGAGUCCAAAGCUUGGUCAGGCUAUAGACAAAAGCUACCUCUGCUGCAAUCACCAUCGAGCCAUGAUUGCUGGCUUGGCUUUACUAAGUAAUGAAGGUGGUUUUCUUGCAGAUGCUGCAGUAUCUCUGCUGGUGAUUGGCCUUGGCGGUGGGAGCCUUCCAUUGUUUAUUCACGACUUCUUUUCCCAAUCGAGCAUUGAUGCCAUCGAAAUUGAUCCUGAGAUGUUGGAGGUCGCGACUAGGUGGUUUGAAUUUUCUCAGGACAAUCGGAUGAAGGUGAUUCUGGCAGACGGCUUGCAUUAUAUACGUACGCUUGCAGAUGAAGGGAGUGGCUCCUAUGAUGUUAUCAUGUUUGACGUGGAUAGUAAAGACGCUACCCUGGGAAUGAACUGUCCUCCAUCAGCUUUUGUAGACCGGGCAUUUCUCCAGAAAGUACAAAGUCUUUUGGCACCCCGAGGACUCUUCAUUCUAAAUCUGGUUUGCAGAGACCACAGACUGAAAGAAAAAGUCAUGGCAGACAUCAAAUCAGUUUUCCCCCUUGUUUACUCGCAGAAGAUUGAGGGUGAGGUAAAUGAAAUAUUGUACUGCCAGUUGUCCACGGAACUCAAAACUGGUUCUAAACACCUCCUUAGCUCAGGUCAGAUAUUGGAAAAUGAUCUGAAGAAAUCUGGCAAGCACUGGGACCAAACCUACAGACUCGCAGAGAUGUUGGAGAAAGUUACAAUUGUGUGAAAGUUUCUAGGUCACUGGAUUAGAUGUACACACAAAAAGAUUAAUGUUUAUUGUUUGUAGUGACUUUCAGUGCCAUUAACCAGGGAUAUGAACUUGGAAGUCUUCAAACGUUCAUCACUAUUUACUUAAACCAGCGUGUUUACUUCAGGUAUAUGCGAGCUGCUCAAAUUGCAUUUCAUCAUUUGUCCACUUCAUUUUUCUUUAUUACAAGAGACCUUUGAGUCUUUUUUGAUUUGAGCAAAAAAAAGAGGAGUUAUGUUCACUUUGAAGUGAAAUUUGUUGGAGAUGGUGAACGUCCAUCUGAACUGUUGUGGCCCCUGUUAAUGAAAGAUGGUAGAAUAGAUCUUAUUCCAGAACCUGAUGAUGAGGAUAUAUUUCAAUAUGAAGAUCUGUAUAACUUAAAGGGCAACCUGUGUAUGGUGGUAUUUCAGUGUGCUGGCUAUUCUCGUUCAAAGUUCAAAGUAAAUUUAUUAUCAAACUACAUAAAUUUCAUCAUGUACAACAAUGAGGUUUGUUUUCUCACUGGCAUACUCAGUAAAUCCACAAUAGAAUAAUAACUAUAAUAGAAUCAAUGAAAGACCUCAUCAGCUUGGGUUUCAACCAGUGUGCAAGACAACAAACCACGCAAAUACAAAACGAGAGAAAUAAUAAAUGAAUGAAUGAAUAAAUAAAUAAGCAAUAAAUACGAGAACAUGAGAUGAAGACUCUUUGAAAUUGAGUUCAUAAGUUGUGGAACAUUGCAAUGAUGGGGCAGGUGAAGGUGAGUGAAAUAUCCCCUUUGGUUGAAGCACCUGAUUGGUGAGUGCUAAUGUCUGUUCCUGAACCUGGCACUGUGAGUCUUGAGGCUCCUGUACUUUCUUCCUGAUGGCAGCAGUGAGAAGGGAACAUGACCUGGGUGAUGGGGGUCCCUGAUGCUGGAUGCUGCUUUCCUGUGACGAUGCUUUGUGUAGAUGUGCCCAAUGCUAAGAAGGGCUUUACCUGUGACAGACGGGGCCGUAUCCACUACUACUUGUAGGAUUUUCCAUUCAAGGGCACUGGUGUUUCCAUACCAGGCUGUGAUGCAGCUGGUCAAUAUACUCUCCACUACACAUCUUGUAUUUCAAACUGCGCUGCAUGGAAUUUUACAUUCCCCUCCCUGGGGGUGUAUCUGUGUCAGGUACAGUAUUUAGACAUAAAAUACACAGUCUGUGGCAAUUCACCAAGCCAAAGUUGUAGAUGUCAUGCUGAAUCUUCGCAAAGUCCUCAGAAAUUGGGGCGCUGCUGUGCUUUCUUCAUAAUUGCCCUUUCGUACUGGGCUCAGGACAAGCCGUCUGAAAUAACAGCAUUGAGGAAUUUAAAGUCGCUGAACCUCUUCUGUGGUGAGGACUGGUUCAUGCACCUACCUCUGGUUCCCUUCUCCUGGACAAUAAUCAACAAUCAUAAGAGCAAUUCAAUGUCAGCGAGACCUUGUUGUUCUAACCGCCAGUUUGUGAGGUGCUGAUAAAGGCUUGGUGAAAUGCCACAGAGUGUGUAUUUUAUGUCUAUAUACUGUAAAUAGAUUGCAGUUACAUUCUGUUGCAUCCCCAGGGAGGGGAAUGUAAAAUUCCAUGCAGAGCAGUUCAUAAUACAACAAAAGAUGUAGGAACUACAUCAUUGGUUAUUCCAAAACUCUUGAUAAAGGAGCAAUGUGGGGGGAAAGAAGAUUUAUUUCUAUUAAUAGUGAAGGUAAAACUAGGUUCAUUUACAAUAAAGGAAAAAACUUUACGGGAAACGUAUGUGAGACUUCCAGAUUUGGGAGGAAGUGAUGGGUGUCCAAACUUAUUUGAAUCUAAUUGCAUUGAAGAUCCUUAUAAGUUUGCCACUUUAAAUUGUCAGAACUGGGAAGGGAAUGGAGAGUGAAAAACUCGCAGGACAUGUUCAGAAGUCCUGAGGUAGUACAGAUAUUGUGUGGACGUUGAAACAAAUGUUCUAUAUUACUGCCUUGUUUGACUUAUCUCAUAGAGUUAAAGAAGAGCUGUAACUACUGGGAGGUAAUGUGGACAUGGGGAAACAUGUAGACUUUCCCAAUAUCUAGUGGUUGACCUGUUUUUUUUUAGUAGAUUUUGGUCACAAAUUGCACAUUGACCUUUUUGAACUAGUAAAACUGCUCUCAUUAAUGUCCCAUAAUCACCUAUUCCAAUAUUUAAAUAGAAUAACAUGGUUCUAAUAAACCAUUCUUGGGAAUUGGAUGUUAUUUUCCUUUUGAUUGCCUAAUAUAUGGGUACUCAGAUCUGUGGAACACAGUGAGAAAUGUUCAGUCAAUAAACUGUUUUAUAGAGUAAUAACAAAUGCAGCAAUUGAAUUCAGCAUAGCUAGAUCUAAAAUAUGUAAUAACUGUAUUACAUCAUUAAUUAUCAAACUUAAUACUACCAAUAUUUUUGGGAAUGCUUAAAUUUAAAGUGAAUUUUUUAACACGUGGUCUAUGACAUUAUAUUGACCCGUGGCUAUGUAUCUUCGCAUUUGUGUGAGGUGGAAAAUAGGAGGAUUUCACUUGGACAGCUCCUAAUGUUUUCUGCAGUCAUUAAGUUUAUAAGUCUCUCCUAAGAUCAUCUUGCAUUACUUAAAAGUUUUGAUGAUACUUCCCACAUACUUAAUACAUGGUUAUCAGUUCAGUGAGUUGCUGUAAUUGGCUUGCUUUUUUUGUGCAUUCAUAACACAUUACAUUAAAUGUGUUGGCUUCAAUUAACUUCAAAGGUGCAUAACCAGUCCAUAUCCUUCUCCAACACCUUGAUGCUGACUGCUGAAAGGUUGCACCCGACACUGAAUUCUUAGGCUGUCCAUCAGGAGCGAGGAGGACUUCCUUCCACUCUGGUUUUAUGGGAGCAGAUGUGGCUAAUGAGGCCACUUUGGAAUAGCAGAAUCUUCAACAGGGCACGUAAGGGGUGGAUGGGUCGAACAUGAGUUAGUGUGCUCCUUCUGCCUCUUAUCAGGCAUCUGCUUGUUCUCAACAUGCCCUUGAAGUUCUCAAUAACAUCCUGAAAUUUCCUUUGAGUGAAGUCAGCCACAGUUUCCCCAAGAAUCAGUGGGGUGGUUGCACUUCUUCAAAGAAGGUUUGAAUGCAUCCUUAUUGUUGGUGAUGAAGUCUAUGUUGAGUGUAUCACCCAUUCUUUCAUGCUUGGAUGAACAAAAUGACAAUGCUCUGGAGGUUACUCUCCAAGUCAACCCAAAACACAAGUGUCAUAUGCAUUUUGGAACUUGGCUGCUGAUAGAAUAUGACCUUGUUUCUGGAGAGUACUCACUGUGAGUUGAACAGUUUCCUAAUAAUUCUGAAGAUUAGCUCUACUCCCAUAGGAAGUUUCUUUGAGGUGAGGUGCAGCAUUACAAUAGGAAAGACUGAGAAAAAUGUUGGGGCAUGAUACAAAUUUAUUUGAUUCUACUCUUUACUGAGAUGUUACUACCAUUUUACCAUUCUGUUAGUAUCAUGGUUUCCUCGCUGCUCUGAGCAUUAGCAACCAAAUUUGAGAAUUUUCCAUAAUUCCUCCAGAUCAUGAGGUUAAAAAAAAAGUCAUGCAUAUUGGGUAGUGCUGUUCCAUGGAAAAUAUUAUGAAUAUUUCAUGAAUACUGUGUUUCCAGAUGUUUGGAAUCCACACUUAUUCUCAGAGCAGCUUUUCAGGUACAUGGAGGAGAUGGUGCCCAGGAUGUCUGGUGAUAUGCUGAUGCAGCUGUCAAUCAAAUACCUGACAAAUUUUGAUCAGAUUAGAUUAGAAAAUAAAAUCAGUUUACAUUUUGAACACUUUUUGUUAUUGAAUAUAUAUUUAAGUUUAAAAUUGUUCUCCAUCUUCAGUAGAGGACCACUAUGCAAUGUCUUUUUGCUGACAAAAUGUUUUAAGUUUUUUUAUCCUGGUGUUUUUGGCUUAUUAUUCCAAAAAAUUAAUUGAAGAUAUGUUACAUUGAAGUGAAUUAAGAUGUUGCCAAGAGAUAUAGGUUAGCUAUGUCUCUUGUGGAUCCAGUUUGGGUGCCAAGGUGCUUAGCGAGAUGCUUUUACAGUUUGGGGUGUUGGAGAUCGGAGUUUAAUCCCGGUGCUGUCUGUUAGGAUCUCUGUACGUCCUCCCUGUGGAAUGUGUGGGUUUUCUUUGUUGCUCCAACGUCCUUCCACAGUCCAAAGAUGUACUGGGCAGGUUAAUUAAUCAUUGCAAAUUAUCCAGUGGUUAGGUUAGGGUUAAUUGGCAUUUUUGGGGGUUGCUGGGGCAGUGUGGCUUGAAGGGCUGGGUGGCCUACUCUACACCACAUCACUAAAUCUAUAAAUAAGUACAUACGAACAUACUUACAUAACUGGAGUAGAUCUGCUUCAGAAGAAAAUUAUACUCCCACUUUUUAUUUGACUAGUGUUCAGUGAAUAUUCCUUCGUUAAGUCUAUCAUUAGGCAAUUUAAAAUAAAGCACAGAAAACUCUGAGCAAUUCUUCCAAUUCAAAUGUAAGCUUUCUUGUGUAUCUGAAUAUAAAUUUAUUAUUUUGUAAUUGGCAA